GGAGGAGGAGGCUGUACCGUUUCCAGGGCAACCAGGAAGUGCAGCUCUCGCCACCGAGGCCGCCGUCCUGCCACGAUGCCCAGCGAAACUCUCUGGGAGAUUGCGAGAGCCGAAGUGGAGAAGAAGGAGAAACCCGGAGGAGGUGAUGAAGGGGAAAAGUCGGUCUUCUUCGUUGGCAGUAAGAACGGGGGGAAGACAACUAUAAUACUGAGGUGCCUCGACAGGGACGAGCCGACCAGGCCGACGCUGGCACUGGAGUACACCUUUGGGCGCCGGGCCCGGGGCCACAACACGCCCAAGGACAUUGCUCACUUCUGGGAACUGGGCGGGGGGACGUCCCUGCUGGACCUGGCGAGGAUCCCCAUCACGGCCGACAGCCUGCGGACGUUUUCUGUAGUUCUGGUUCUGGACCUCUCGCGGCCCAGCGAGCUCUGGCUCACCGCGGAACACCUGCUCAGGGCCGUCAGGACCCAUGUGGAGAACCUGGGCCAGCCUGGCACCCGAGCUGCCGCCACACCAAGGACGUGGAGCCCCGUGCCCGAGGAUCAUCCGGAUCGGGAGUUCAUCGAUCCGUUCCCCAUUCCCCUGGUCAUCAUCGGCAGCAAGUACGACGUCUUCCAGAAUCUGGACUCUGAGAAGAGGAAAGUGAUCUGCAGGACAUUGCGGUUUUUGGCACAUCACCACGGGGCCACGCUGAUGUUUACUGGCAAAUCAGAAGCGCUCCUGCUGAAAACCCGCUCAGUGAUCAGUCACUUGGCAUUCGGGGUCGGUGUUGAUCGCAGUAAGGCCCUGACACUGGAUCAGAACAAGCCCCUGUUCAUCCCAGCUGGGCUGGACUCCUUCAGCCAGAUAGGGCCGCCCCCUUCCGCCGCCGGAGACAUCGGGAAGCUGCGGGUGCAGACGCCCCUGGAGCUUUGGAAGGAAGUCUACAACAAAGCCUUCCCGCUGCAGACCAAAAGUGACCGCAAAGACCUCAAGGACCCAGGCCGCGACCCCCAGUACGCCGAGCGCGAAGUCGACGCCAUGAGAGCUCAGAAGGACCAGGAGCUGGAGCAGUACAAGAGGAGCGCCUCCAAGUCCUGGAGAGAAAUCGACUUGGAACCAUGAGGUGUGCCCGGUCCGCCGCCUGGCCCGCGGGACCAGCGGCCUCUUGGUCCUCGCCCUGGCCAGUGGGCAGGCCAGGUCCCGGAGGGCACGAAAACCAUUUCCACAGAGACACUGGCACAGACCCCAGGUGACUGUGGAUGAUGGGAAACAGUUCCGACCGGUUAACUGCCUCCCGGGGGGCUUUGGAGGAAAUCUCUGCCCUUACCAGAGCCCGGCCCCCAAACACCGCCCCCCCCCGCCCCACAUAUAUGCACACCCUGCCCAACACACACAUACAUACACAUGCACACACCUGAUAUUAGAACCGCUACAUGGCUGGGCUGUUUCUCCUCUUGCUUUGAAGCCAGAAUUGGAAGAAUCCGUGGCUCGUGGAGGUUUCCUCGUUGGUGUAGAGAUUCCCUCUUGGGAGUCCCGUGAUCUCGCCGUCCAUGGUCACGCCACCGUGGUCCCGUAGCCCAUGGCCUCAUCAUCUGUAAUCGCACCACCCGUGCCCUUUUUGCCCAUGAUCCCAUCGCCCUUGGAAUUUGGAACCAUGAGGCAUGCUUGGCCCCCUGCCCAGCCUGCAGAUGGCUUGGCUGCAGAUGACUUCCUGCGGGAAGAGGGGCCGGGAGGUGGGUCGGCAUAAGGACAAGCAGGAGAAGGCCUGUCUCGGAGCCACUGAGAAGACUUCCAACAUGGUGCCCCCCGCUACCAAGGGAUUUUGAGUGGCCAACUGCAGCCGUGGUCGGGGACCCUCCGGGAGCUGGCAUUUCAUCUCAGGGAGGGGGAGUCAUUCCUGAAUAAAAUGUCCACUCCGG